GCGAUUGAAGUGCGAAGGUCAGUCACACAGCUGUUAUUGGUAGUCAACUCGUAAGCGAGGUGAAUGUAUAGCUGCAACUUGUUUCUCAGGGAGAAGAUUGAACACACCUUUUCCAUCUGUCUUGACUAUUCAAGUGACUUCAAUACAAGCUGCACUGCAUGUUGACAUUGUUAAUCUUGCUGUUGCAUCAUGGGAGUCAAGGGACUUACUUCUAUGAUUGAGCAGCAUCCGUCAUUGUUCACAAGGCAUUGCCUACAUGAUGCACGUCUUGUCAUUGAUGGCAAUGCACUCAAGUACUUCUUGUACCAAGAUCGCCCUCCCUGUGAUAAUGGACAUCAUGGUGGCCGUUACCAGAUCUUUUCGGCCAAGUGUCAGCGUUUCUUUCUCAAUCUUGCCGAGUGCAAUAUUUCUCCAUACCUUGUAUUUGACGGAGCCUUAGAGAUGGAUGACAAGAAGCUUGCAGAAACCAAGUCUAGGAGCCAGGAACGUAUCCGAACGGCUGUUGCUAUUCCUAGUGGUAGUGGUGGGAUAGCCGUUUCUCCUUGCAGUGCAUUGGUGUUCAUGAAGGUGCUGGAUGAUCUUGGCAUUCCGUAUGUAUUUUGUGACUUUGAGGCAGAUGCUGAAACUGCAGCUCUGGCUAAUGCUUUGGACUGUGCAGCAGCUUCCGGUGACAGUGACUUCUACAUCAUGGACCUGAGAGAUGGAUACUUGCCACUGAACCACUUUGACUGGAUGAAUCCUAAAAUGAUUAAGGUGUCAGAAGCAGCAGCACCAUCGGGUCAGCUGUACAUUGAGUGUAAGAAGUACAAGAGUAGUGCCUUCUGCAAGAUGUUCCAUGUCAAGCAGACAUUACUGCCCAUACUUGCAACUGCUGUUGGAAAUGAUUACAAAGACACCUUUGGAGCCUCUCUUGACCCAUUCCAAAGCUUUGUUCAUUCCAAGUUUUUUUCAUCAAAGACGGGCAGGAGAAGCUACGACCAGAUUGUUAGUUAUCUUUCCUGGCUGAAAGAAAAGGAGACAAAGGAGGAAGCCAUCUAUGACAUGGUCAGGCAUGUGAGAGGAGCUGAUCGAGAGAAGCUGAGACGCUUGAUUGAUGCAUCCCUUGAGAUGUACCACUUUUCAGAUAGCCUGACCGUGGCACACUUUACUGGUGGUCAGUUGAAUCCUAAACGAAGUAAGUUGGCAGCGUGUGCUUCUGUACCACCCUGGUUUGUUGAUCUGCUGAAUCGGGGCAAGGUUGCAGCAAUGUGCGCCAAUGUCCUUUGCAACAAAAGGGUCUUCCUUAAAAUUCAGGUGGAAGACUCUCGCCAGGUCAGCGCUGGGGGAGCAUCACUCAACAUCAGAGCCAUCUUGUAUGGCAUCCUGCUUAAGGGGCAAAAGUCAGCCUCUAGAAGGCCACCAGUUGUUGAGGAGUAUGCACAGUCAUCUGGGAGUCUGAAGCACAGUAUUGUCGAGCCAGCCUAUGACAUCGCUGGAUGUGAUGGGCGGAAGUUAGCUUUGCCCAGUCUACAGGAUAUCCCAGAUAUGUAUGAAACUGAUCGCAGAGAAAUUCUCCUUGCUGCAGCAGGGAUUGGUGGCUCAGUCAUUCUCAGCAUUCCAGCGUUGUUCCAACUUGCUACUUGUGUGACUUUAAACUUGCUCAGUCAUGCAAACCCACCUGUCUACUCUGACCAGAUAGUAGCCCUUCUUGUCAGCUGGUUACAUGGAGUUGCGGCAAGCAGGCAGAAAUACAUCAACAAAGACCAAGACACUCCAAAGCUCCUUCAAGUAGACCUGGAAAACUCUGAUAUGCAUGCCAUCCUCACAAACUGUAAGCCACAUGAGAACAAGUACGAGGAGUCCCGACAGUUAGAUGUAGAGGUCAUCCAGGCGAUGGCACAGUGGCAGCAGUGCUUGCUUGACUUAGUCCAUCUGAAUAAAGUUCUGCUCAGUCCAUUUGUGUAUCCUGAUAUGGCAGUCCUGUACAAUGGUCCUCUGAUACACAGUCUCUGCAUCAUUCUGAAGCCAAUGUCUUCAACAGAGCAGCAAUUACAGUGGGUGGUGAGAGAGCUCUUGGGUGACACCAUGCCAGGAAUUCAUGCAUUGCUUGAUCAGCUCCUUAAGCCCUUGUCGCCCUUUCUCAUGCCAAGGAAGAGGACCAACAAAAGCAAGAAGGGUAAGAAGGCACCAUCCAGGCCAGGAACCUCAAGGCCAUCCAUGGACACCCCUCCUGCGAGAGGUGCUGAAGGUGGUGCAGAGAGAGACACUGAGGAAGUAUUUUAUAGUGUCCGGGUUUCCAACAGGUUUGCUGCACUGGGAUGGAAUGAGUGAGAUCCACUAGUUUGA